AUGGCGUACGACUUCGACUUACUCAAAACGCUUCCUUUCGCUGACCACAAGUACUCGGGGCUUCCCAAACUUACAGGCAGAGAAGUUUUCCAAUUGGAAAAGACUGGCGAGACUGUGACCGUCUUCUUGGCUCACGGACCGGAAGAUGUACCUGAAGCACUUCUCGAUGUAUGCCAUGAUGAAUUCACCUACGUGAUCGAGGAGGGCCGCACGUAUCCUCAUUAUAAGCCCAUGGACAAGCAAGAGUUUUUGGCAUAUCUUUUCGACCAUUUCGCUGCCAUUUGGAUUAAAGGUGAGUACACUGAAGAGAUGGCAACGCAGCCAAAGGAAUUCUGGGAGAAGCGUUAUCUCGGCCAUUUCUACAUAAAGCCCAACUACAUUGGUAGAUGCUCGCACGUAUGUAACGCAGGCUUUACCGUUUUCCAUGAGACCCGAGGAAAGGGUUUGGGAAAGGAAAUGGGCCGCAAAUACUUGGAGUGGGCGCCUAAGUUGGGAUACGUGUACUCCGUUUUCAAUCUUGUUUUUGAGACCAAUGUGGCUAGUGCCCGGAUUUGGGAAUCUUUGGGAUUCGAGAAAAUUGGAUAUAUCAAGAAUGUGGCAGCAUUGAAGGGUGAAGAUAAGCUUGUGGGCGCCUACAUGUUUGGAAAGGAUCUCACAACUGCCACUAUUUACCCGAUCCAAAACACUGACGAUCUUCCCCCAGGGUUAUUGGCAUUUUUGUGUGAUGAAUUCAACAUGGAAGUAGAGAGAGGUGACACCUUCUCGUUCUUCGACACUUUGCAUAUUGAGUCCUUUCAGAACUACUGGUUUGGCGCGUUCGCUGGCAUUAUGGUCUUAGGCGACUCGCCAACGCUAGAAGGUCCCAAACAAUGGGAAAAGGAGUGCCUUGGAACUUUCUUUGUACGUCCAAACUACCCUGGUCGUGCUUCUCAUAUUUGUACCGCAGGUUUUUUGGUCAACGCAGGUAUUAGAGGCAAAGGUAUAGGAAGAACAUUGACGGACUGUUUUCUUCAGUGGGCUCCACGGUUGGGUUACACUUAUUGCGUGUUUAAUUUAGUGUUUGAGACCAAUGUGGCUGCUCGUAGAAUCUGGGAAUCCCUGAAUUUUAAAAGAAUUGGCAGGGUGAAGUCGGCUGGUAUCUUGAAGGGCCAUGACACCGCCGUCGAUGCAAUAAUAUAUGGAAGAGAGUUGGUUGUAGUCACAGAUACCAGCAUGGGUGCAUACCGUUUCGAUAAAAUCAAGUACUACUUGGAAACGGGGAAGUAUCCUGCCAUGGCUGACCGUCAGGAGAAAUCUAGACUUCGGUCCUCUGCUUCGCAUUACCGUCUUGAAGGCAAUCGACUCAUGUUACGUGACAAAGAAGUAGUGAGUGAUCCUAUAAGGCAGCUUCAAAUUUGCACGGAAAUCCAUUUGUCAAAUCACGGUGGAAUCAACAAAACAACCUCAGCUGUCGCUGAGAAGUACCAUUGGACUAGGAUUAAAGACACUGUGGGUGCGGCAAUCAAGAAUUGUGUGACUUGUCGUGAAUCUGCAAAGGAAGAAGUUGUGAUGAAAAGAAGCGGCAUGUCCAAGAAGAUGUUUAAGGGCAUUCCUGAUUUGCGUCGUGACCAUCCCGCAAACAACAAGAAUUUACAGGGUAUGCGUGGCAUGAUACGUCGUGAUAACGACGAUGUUGAAUCUAUUUCUGUGCUACAUCGUGAUACAGACGGCCUCUUGUCUCAUGAUUUAUCUGGGUUGGAUGACGGAUUGAUUGCAGUGGUGGAGGCAGCUCAGAAACGACAACUGCCUAACCUGGAUCAGCAAUCCGCAGGGCACAAUGCAUCGCCACAUCAUCAAGUCAGAAAUCAUGAUUCCCCUGUUCCCACCUAUGCUGCAGUGGCUGCUGCUGCCGUCAAUGGUCACAAUAAUCAGUUCUACACCAACGAUUACCACCAUGCAUAUACAAACAAAUAUGGCACAUCCAAAGAGCGAGAUACAACAAAUGAUAACAUUAAUGUGGACCCGGAUGUCUCUGCAUUUGACCAUACAGUAAACCCUGGUGGUGACGAAAUUGAAAUUGCCCGUGCGUUAAUGCAAUCUAAUGAAGUGGACGAGCACAAUGAGGGCAGGGAAGAAGCCGAGCAUUCUGGACAAGACUCAAAGGAAAAUAAUGGAACCGCCGACGAGUCGUCGCUAUUCUUUAAGAGCAAUUAG